UGUACAAACGCGUGGACCAAAACGAGAAUCCCCAAAACUACGACCCCCCGUCGGGCUCACGCCGAGGAGAGAGCCAGAAAUUUGCUCCACAGAUCUCCCUCCUCCGCCGCAUGGAUCCCGCCGCUGCCUCGCCGGCGCCGGCGCCUUCCCCCACCGCCGCCUCCGUGCUCGAAUCCCUGGGCGCGGAGGUGCUGGCGGUCAUGUCCCCGGUCUCCAUCUCCAUGGCCCUCGUCGUGCUCCUCAUCUCCUUCCUCUCGCCGCCGUCCCCAGGGUCCACGGCGGCCUCGCCCCCUCCCAUCACGGCCGCCACGCUUGUCUACCUCGAGUCCCCCACCGACUCCCCGGCCCAGAAGGUCCUCGGCGCGCUCCUCGACGCCGCCGUCUUCGUGGCCCUCGUCGCCGCCGUAACCUUCGUCCUCGUCGCGCUCUACUACUACCGCUGCACAGGCUUCCUCAAGAACUACAUGCGCUUCUCCGCCUUCUUCGUCCUCUUCUCCAUGGGCGGCGCCAUCGCCGCCGCCGUGCUCCGCCGCCUCGCGGCCCCGCUCGACGCGCCCACCGCGCUCCUGCUCCUCUUCAACGGCUCCGCGCUCGGCGUCCUCUCCGUCUUCGCAUCAGCCGUCCCCAUCCUCGUCCGCCAGGGGUACAUGGUCGCGCUUGCCGUCAUCGUCGCCGCCUGGCUCUCCAGGCUUCCCGAGUGGACCACAUGGAUCAUGCUAGUCGCGCUCGCCGUGUAUGACCUCGUCGCCGUGCUCGCGCCGCGGGGACCGCUCAGGAUGCUUGUGGAGCUGGCCUCCUCCAGGGACGACGAGCUCCCGGCACUCGUCUACGAGUCGCGGCCCACUGUUGGCCCGGCCACAAGCUCUUCCUCUUAUGCUUCGGCCAUGGUGUCGGUGGAGAUGCAAACCAUGGCCGAUUCCGGUCGGGCAGGUGGCAGCCGGUACGACAGGGUGGAGCAGGAGGAAGAUGCCAGCCGCGCCGUUGUGGAAAUGAGGGAUCUAGGAGGAGGCCGAUCUAGCAUUGGUGAGAUGAACAGAUCACGAGGUUCUGUGCUCCAAAUGGAGAACCUUGAAAGGGAGGUGCCGAUUGCGGUCACAGGGCUGCAAUCAAAUCAGGGUGGGAGUUCACAGCAUGCUGUCAUUCAAGUUGAGCAGCCUGGGGAAGAAGAGACAGCGCCUUUGGUGUCCGCAGCAUCCAUCAACAAUGCAGCUUCUAAUGAGCAGCAUAGACAAAGUUCUUCCUCAGAGCCUCUGGAAUUUGAGAUGUUUGAGUCUACCAGGGGCAUCAAGCUGGGCCUCGGUGAUUUUGUUUUCUACAGUGUGCUUGUUGGGAGAGCUGCCAUGUAUGAUCUGAUGACAGUGUAUGCGUGCUACCUCGCCAUCAUUGCUGGGCUUGGCUGCACCCUUAUUUUGCUGUCGAUAUGCAGGCAUGCGUUGCCUGCACUCCCCAUCUCUAUUAUGCUGGGAGUGACAUUCUACUUCUUGACACGGUUGCUGAUGGAGCCAUUUGUGGUUGGCGCUUCAACAAGCUUGGUGAUGUUCUGACUUCUGACUGAUCUGAUGUUGUCAUCUACAUGUGUCUGAAACAAAGGAAAAGGUUGGUCAGCAUUCUUUGUGAGAGUGACUAAUAUUUUGUUGGUCACUUCUCGUAAACAAUCAUUUGUGCUUAUCGCUAGGAAAUGCUGUCACAAGCUUAGGACCUUAGAGUCUGAGGUAGUGUUAGCGAUAGACUUAGCUCAUGUCUUGUCGUGUAGUUCCAUCAACAUGACAUGAUAUUUGAGAAGAGCUAUUCUGCAUUUCAUGUUCCUUUUUGAGUUAUUUUCUUUCUGAGAGUUGGUAUUUCUCACCCUAAGAUUAUUGAUCAAGUAAUUGCUCAUCAA